GUUUUUUUCGAAACAAAAACUCCUCAUAAAAAUUAUUAUUAAGUUUUCGCUAUGAAAGGCAAAACUCUUAGCUCUCAAUCACAGGGCUUGGUACUAUCCUUGCUGAAUUAUUUUCAACAAGAAAAGGAUAAUGGAGGGCCUCUAUUACCAUUGUUAGCUGUCCAAGAGAGGGUGGCUCAGGCACUAAGUAUCAGUUUGUCCACUAUUACCAGAAUACAGAUUUUUUGUUUUGUUUCAGAGAAACAUGUCACAAUAGCAAAUUUGAAUAAAACGCUUAAAGAGAAAGAGCUUGCUUCUAUCAGCAAUAGCUCUUUACAAAGAGUGCUGCCCACCAUAGGCUUUAAAUAUAAAAAAGAUGGUAAUAGAAGAUUUCUAGUUGAGCAAUCCAGUAUUGCUUUACUUCGCACCAAAUGUUUGAGAAGUUAUAAUGACUAUGUGAACACUUCCUCGCAUCAAAUUGUUUUCAUGGAUGAAACAUGGAUAUUUUCAAAAGGCACUUAUGCUAAAAUGAAUAGUGGAUGGCAUGACAUGAAAUAG